AUGGAUAGCUGGUCUCGACCUACAAAGCACGCCGCUACGCCUCCACCACUCUAUCUGACACCUGGAGGCGAGGCAAUUCCGUAUUGUCAUACUUGUGGCCGCAUCAUCAGCACCCGGAAGUCACAAACUACCAAAGCCGCCUCAACUACCGUCAAAUACUGCUCCGAUCGAUGCCGUCAUAAUAAACCAAGCCAAGCGCCUAGCAGCACCGACCGUCGCAUUCAAGACACAUUCAUCGCUUUACUCGACGGUAAAGACCUCUCGCUGUUUCUGUCGCAGGACUCUAACACUGUAGUAUCACCCAAUCCAUCUGUCCUCAAGGGUACCAAAGGCGUCUCGAAGAAAGUCAAAGGCGAAACGCGUGUCACGGUAUCCUGUGCUGAAAUCGAGGCGCUUGUUUUUGGCGUAAGACACGACCCCGAAAAAGCAUAUGGGAGGAAGAAGAACAGAGCUCGGCGAGGUGCUCCCGAACCGAAGGAGUGGAAACCCGUUGAUAUGGAAGACAAAGAUGAUGAUGCUGAAAAUCCCCUCACCGUCAACCCCGUCGAUGCUACAAAUUCGUCCUACUCCUCUGAAACCGAGUCUGACAUCUCUGCCACUGGCCAGGUCGACAUGAUAAGCCUUCGAGUCCGACCCCCUCAAUCGAAAUCUGAAGUGAACGGCAGCAUAGGCGGCGAGAAAGGCUGGGCGGAGAAGAUUACCGAAACCCCGGAAAUGCUAGAGAAGAGGCUAGAAGGGCAGAAGCGGGCGGAGGAGAGGGAAUUGGUAAGGUGUGCGGCGAGGAGACUGUGUGCUUUCGGGGUUGUGGUUGAUGAUUUGGUUGGAGGUGAGGAUGGGAGAGAUAGUGGAGGGAAGGGGAAAGGCAAGGAGAAGGGCAAGGGCAAGGGCCACGGCAAGGGAAAGCAGAGCGUUGGAUUACUUAGAGAAGAUGGUGAUGAUGGAGGAGGAAGGCAAGAGUCCAGGAAGAAGUGCGAGGCUGUUAUGAGCGGGAAUGUGGUCGAGGCAAGUUAUGCGAAAGGGGAAUGGGGGAUUCGGUGGAGGGAGUAG